GUGUUGCUUUGUUGUGCAGUGCACCCAGUCCUUGUGGAGCCCUGCCUUGGAGGAAUGUUUGUGUGCUCUCUCGGGGGACGUGCCCAGAGUGGACAAAUCAUGCUAAUUGUCUUGGAGAGAAACAGAGCGUUAGACCCAAGAUGAAGGCAGAGAGGGAGGAUCUCUCCAAAGCCAUAGCCGCUCCUCAACUUUUGCUGCUCUGGUGUCUUCUUGUCUCACCUCAGUCAGGACGUGUCAAGGGAGUCAACAUCACCAGCCCUGGCUCUCUGAUCCGGGGCACGUUGGGCGGGGAGGCACUCCUCUCUGUUCGUUACAGCAGCUCCAGCCCCGACGCGCCAGUCAUCAAGUGGCAGCUGAAGAGGGACGACAAGCCCGUCACUGUGGUCCAGUCCAUUGGCACCGAGAUCAUUGGGAACCUGAGGCCCGAGUACCGGGACCGCAUCCUGGUGUUUGAGAAUGGCACCCUCCUACUCCACAACCUCAAACUCUCUGAUGAGGGCACCUAUGAAGUGGAGAUCUCCAUCACGGAUGAUACUUUCACCGGAGAGGGGAGUAUCGACCUGACUGUGGAUGAGCCCAUAUCCAGACCUUACGUCCACAUGGAGGCGUCCUCAGUACUGGAGCUCAGUGAGCAUUUCACCCUCAACUGCUCCCAUGACAACGGAACCAAUGCCAAGUACAGCUGGCAGAAAGGAGGGAAACUGUUGACCAAUGAGACCCGUCUGCAGCUGUCACCUGACCAGAAGCUCUUGACCAUUGUGCGGGUGCUGAUGGUGGAUGAUGACAUCUAUGGAUGCGCGGUCGAGAACCCUAUUGGGAGCAUGAAGAGCCUGCCCAUCAAACUCACUGUCUACAGGAGGAGUUCCCUCUACAUCAUUCUCUCCACCGGGGGUAUUUUCCUCCUUAUCACCUUGGUUACGGUGUGCGCCUGCUGGGGGCCGUCCAAGAAAGAGCGGCAGAAACAGCAAAUGAAGCCCAGAGGUUUGGCAGGACUGCCAAGGCAUUUAAUAGAACACCCUGAUUAUUCCCCAAUCAAUCAUGCAGUUGACGUUGUACCAAAAAUGAUGACUGAACAUGAACGCAAGAAUCCAGUGGCACUCUACAUCCUCAAAGAGGAUUUCCCUCAGGGCGACCAUGACUCACCCGGCAACAUGGGCCUUGGCCCCUCCUCUGAACCACCCAGCAGCCCCCCCGGCUACAGCAGCUCCCUGACUCCCUCCUCACGCUCCCCUGAACCCCCCGCCCACUCCUCUCGCAGGUACCCCCGCACCCCGAUCAGCUCCCCCCCUUCACAUCACAACAAGGUGCAGAGCAAGUCCUCCACCCCCUCCCCACCCCGCACUCGAUGCUCCGGGCGCAUGGUUCGCGCCCCAGUGGGCAUACCGCCUGCCAGUCAGUUGGAAGAGCCCACCCCCACACUGGAGAGCAACGGUACAACUCAGCCUUGAUUGUCUAUCUACAAGUCCUGGAGGGAUGAAGUGUGUGCAGACUUAUGUUUCAGCCCAGCAAUAAGACAUCUGGUCUAAAUUGAAAACCUUGACUAGUUGAGAAAGGAUUGUAUUCAUUAGGCACAAAAGGGAACAAAAUGGCCUGAAAUAGUGAUGGACUAACUGGAAUUUUCCAAAAGAAACAUUCAUUUUCUUUUUUCUUUGUAAAAAGUUAUAUGGUUACUGGUGUGGUGAAGCUGUUGUCUACCCCUGGUCUCCUGUUGUCUACCCCUGGUCAACAUGUUCUUCCCCCCUCCAUGCCUUGGUGCUGUGGAGAGACAUGCAUCUGUGUGUUUACAUGGCGACUGUAUGUAUAUAUGUAAAUAGAUUUUAUAUGAAGUUAUAGUGCAGUAAUGUUUGUCUCAGAACCCAACACAGCACUUAAUCAUCUCAAUAUUUUUGUAAAUACACUGUCAUCCUCCACAACUGUAUGAGUCAGGUUUAGGUUUUAAGUCAUGACACGUUAGUGAGCCGAUUAUUUUUUCUUCAAUUAUUUUAUGUCCUAUUCAUAAGACCUGUUCAAAUGUAUAAAACCUCUCUUUAAAGAUACCCAUUUAUUCAUAUGUUGGUACAUUUUGUAUUGUGUGGAUGUUUGUAAUUUAACUAAUCAUUUUCUUUGUUAUUGGGUAUCAUAAAUGAAUAAUCAUUCAAUGUUUUUCCUUUGUAUAGAUUCAUAGAAUUAUUAUGAAAAUCAAAGGAUACAUUGUACAUAUCAGUAGAUAUGUUUAUUAAAGGCAUGAUGAGGAGGAAA